CAUGUGACUCGCUGCCUACAAAUGCGUAGUUCAAACGCCAUACCAAAUUAUAAACUGUAUUUUCUUGCACUACGUCGUUUGUUUUUCCCGUAUAAAUACGUAUAUGAACAGUUCAUUCAAUCAAUUCAGUUUACAUCAUUGAUAGUGGCGCACUCCCAAUGUAUUAAAGUUCAGUGUCGAAGGAAAUCAAUCACAAUGAACGAUCCAGAACUGUAUAACGUGGCUAAUUCACUGCAAAAGAAUGCAGCAGUCCAAUGCCUCAAUGAAUAUGCGAAGAAAAUUAACUGGAAGAAUAUUGGAGAUAGCGCUAUUGACCUAGGCUGUGGCGAUGGCAGCGUCACUGUUAUCUUAAAGAAAUACAUGCCUAGCAACUAUAAGAAACUAGUCGCCUGUGACAUAAGUGAAAAAGCCGUCAAAUAUGCAAAUGAACAUCACAGUGAUGAAGUCACCAUGUUCAAGGUGAUGGACAUCCAGGGAGACCUGCCCGAGGAAAUGCAUUCAGCGUUCCAUCACGUGUUCUCUUUUUAUGCAUUGCACUGGAUACGAAAUCAAGAGAAAGCGUUUAGAAAUAUCUACAAUCUUCUAGACGAAGGCGGAGACUGCCUUCUCACCUUCCUCGGGUACGCUCCGUUGUACAGCGUGUACAGCAUACUGUCACAGUGUUCUAAAUGGGAGUCCUGGUUGAAAGACGUUAAAAAGUUCAUAUCACCAUAUCACGAUAUGCAGGAACCAGAAAAGAAAGUCACGCAAAUGAUGCAAGAAAUAGGCUUCAGAAAUAUCGAUGUGAAAUGCAAGGAAAUGCGUUUUGAGUUUGACAGCGUAGAAGCUAUGAAAAACACUGUAAAAGCCAUCGAGCCUUUCGACAUGCCAAAAGAUGUGUAUGAAGAGUUUAUGCAAGAUUACUACUCGGUGGCCCAAGACAUCGGUGUCGUAGAAAUAAAUAACAAUAACAUCGGAGACACCUCGAUCAAUUGUUCCUAUUCUCUACUCGUCGUAUGCGCAAGCAAAUGAUUGGCAGGCACCAAUAAGAACCUUAAAAUUAAGUGAAACCAUAGUGAAAUUAUUCUGGCAAUUCCGCCUAAGAUCUGAUUACCAUAACCGCCUAUUUUGUACUUUCCUCCUAGUUUUAAAUACAAAUAAGUAAGUACUACAUUCAAAAAGAAGCUUUUUUAGCUAAACAUAAUUUUGAUAAAUACACUUGGGAGCAAAGAAAUGGAGCCACUAGCGCUUUUUUUAACUUUAAAAAACACUCUAUUUACACUUUUAAAAAAGGUAAUUAAUUAAAUUGCCUUUCAUACGACACACAUACGUUGCCUGUUAAGACAACAAUUGUAUCAGAAAAUAUUGAUCAAGAAAUGAAAAAGGAAAAACGCUAGUGACUCCGUUUCAUUGCUCCCAAGUGUAGAUAAUAAGUAAAAAUAAGUUAUUUCGCAAUAAAUAGUGACGUCUUUGGUAUCCAAAGAAUUAGACUUUAGUAUUUUGAAAUACAUUACAAUGCAACAGUUUCAAUAGUUUUCCGGGGUCGAGAGUGCAUCUCUAUUUCUAUGCAGUCAUAUGAUAAGAAACUACGCCGUGAUCACACAACUAAUACCAAUCAGAUCAAUGUAACAGUAAAAAUUCAUGUUAACAAGAAUGUAUCUUAUAGAGCCUAUACUUAUAAUGUAGGAAAAAACCCGAACACAAAUAUUUUUAACUAAAACACGUUUAGAGGAUAUUACUUAAGGUUUGAAGCAAAUAUAAAGUACCUAAGGCCUUUAGAGAGAGUGUGUGAUUUUCCUUAUAACAAUACAAUUCCUUUGAAAACCAAAAACACAAAGAUAUUUAUAAGCCUACUAACAAACGCUGGAUAUUUUUCCGCUCAUAUUGGAUUCUCUUCUAAUAUUUUGCAAGAAAUCACAAUCAAUCAAAUGUUACUUUUGUACAUAGCAACUAAUUUUGCGACUCAUUAUUUUUCAAGCAAAUAUGAGACUAGUAGAGGCUUUAUUUUAAGUGUGACAAUGGUAUAGUAAUAAUUUAAGACAUAGGUAUUUAUUAAAAUAUUUCUAAGAACAUUAAGUGUGGUGAUAGAUCGAUCAUUUUAUUUAACAUACAAGAUACUUAAGCUGUCAUAAAUUGGUACUUAAUUCUGGAGGUUAUUGACUUAUAUUGAAUCAAAUAUACCAAUGCAAAUGGCAUCCUAAUGACAUCAAAUUAAUGACUGCUUAGACAAGGCUUUGGGCGGGUGACUAACUGACUGACAUAAAACAAAAAACUGUAUAUGAUCACUUCUAAUUUAUGACACUUUCUAGUGCAGUUUCUUUUCCAAAAUUGGUAAUGAUUAUGGAAAGUGUCUAGAGCAAACACUGUGACCUCGAUCAGUGUAUGACCUGAUCAAAAACGAACUCCAAAAGUUUAAAAUACUUAAUUUUAAU